AUGGAGAAACACCACUGUUGGUUUGGCUCGGCUUCCUUCGACCCUGAUGUUGACAUUCCAGACCUCAGCGGCAAAGUUUGCCUCGUUACAGGUAGCAACACCGGUCUAGGAUUGGCGACACUCAAGGCUCUCGCAAAGCACAACCCUGCCAAGAUCUAUCUGGCGGCACGCUCUCGCUCCAAGGCCGAAGCUGCCCGCUUGGAAAUCCAGGCUUCAUCGCCAGCCGCAGAAAAGGCAAAUAUCGACCUUCUGGACUUGGACGUUUCAUCAUUCCAUUCUAUCAAGGCUGCGGCUGAGCGAGUCAACAAGGAAGUCGAAAGACUAGAUAUCCUCCAACUCAACGCUGGCAUCGCCAUGAUCCCUCCCGCAACCACUGCAGAGGGUUACGAGAUACAAUUCGGGACGAAUUACUUAGGACAUGUCCUGUUCACCCAACUCUUGAUGCCGAAACUGCUCGCCACCGCCGCUAUGCCUGGAGCCGAUGUAAGGAUUGUGUCCAUGUCGUCCGUUGGACACAAGCCUUUUGCUCCCAGCUCCGGCAUCAUCUUUGACGAACUGAAAUCGGAUAUGGGUAAUCAUGGAGGACACGAACUAUACGGCCAAGCCAUGCUCGCCAAGGCCCUCUUUGCUUACGAACUCGCCAAGCGGUUCCCUCAGAUCACAUCGACCUCACUACACCCUGGCACAGUCAAGUCGGGCGUUUGGGGUGGCAACAAAGACGUCAACUGGCUGAUUUUUAACGUCUUGGUUAAGCCUGCAGUUGCUUUGACCGGGGUUACCAACGAGGAGGGCUGCAAAACUCAACUGUGGUGUAGCUUCAGCAAGGAUGUGAAGAAUGGGCAUUACUAUGAGCCGAUUGGCAAGGAGGGAAAAGAAAGCAAAUUAGCUCGAGAUGACGAACUAUCAGCAAAGCUGUGGGAGUGGACUGAAAAAGAGCUACAAGCCCACGGAGCCCCAGGGUGGAAGCAAGCAUGA